AUGGCCAACGACACCACUUCAACGUCGAGCUCGAGCCCGCGCGCCGAUCCCGAGCACUCCAUCAGCCCACCACUCCCCCGCGCAGCCAGAUUCACGCCAGUGAACGUCGACGACCGGGGCGAGCCACGCCGGCUAAGGCACGUUACUCGUGCAGCGAUGCAGCAGCACUCAAGGGAUGGCACUAUUGGCGAAGACGACGGUCCCGAGCCUGGAUUCCAAGGUCGGCCGCAUGGCACAGAUUUCGACCAAGUAGAGCAUCAAGACGAUGUUACUGAGAGCGAGAAUGAGGAGUACGAAGAGGAAGAGCACGAUGAGGAUGAGAGGGGGGAGCAAGACGUCGAGGCAGGUGCUCCGGUUGCCAAUCCGCCAUUCCCCAGAUUCUACAACGGCAUCAGGCGCACCACGUCCACCUCUGCUGGACCCGACGCCCAAGGUGCCGUUGAUACAGGUCCUGCUGUCCGCGCUUCCGGCAGCUCGGCCGCUGGUACCGCUACUGGAGAGACCAAGAGAGGACGGAAACCCGGCGCUACGAAGAAGGAGAAUGCCCGCCCGUGGGGUGAUGCUGAGUGCAUCGCACUUCUCCAAUUGUAUAUCGACAACCCAAAGGCGACCCACAAAGCCAUCGCCGAAAUGCACCACGUCAGAUUUUGGCGGGCCGAUGCCGCUUGGGAGGGUCGCUCCUUCUCGGCUUGCCAACAGCGCCUGAUUGCGCUGAAUGACAGGAGUCGCGAUCGUGCAAGACUUCCUGGCGUGCUGGCGGAGAUGAAGCGUGCUUUCGCGGCAGCCGGCGGGACUGAGACGGAGAAUUUUGCAAUGGCGGGGCCCGAGGAUGAGCGAGAUAAAGGGGCAACGGAGGAGCAGGGACGGGUGAGAGGUGUUAAUUCCGGUGGAAAAGCGGGCGCUGGGGAGGAGGGGGAAGAUAUCACCUCAACACCCCGGAGGACAACGUUUACGCAGGCCGAAAAUGUCAGGAUACCUGCACCUGACGCCGAAGCUGUUAAUGCUGCCAGACUGCUGCUUUCACUCUCAGGUAAGCAAAUCUGA